AUGCUGAAGGCUAAAACAACAGUCACAACAGAUCGGCAGGUAAUGUGUGCUUACAGCAACUCUCAGACUCUCGUCUGUGGAGCCGAUGGCGACAUCCUUCCGCCCAACUACAACGAAGAGUAUGGCGCUUUCGGCGUCUCCACGAUAGACGCAAACGCAUCCUGCAGCGGCAACUACUUAUCAGUUUUCUCUGGCUACGACAAGAAAUGGUGGAGAGAGGAACCUAAGGAAGCAUUCACAUUCGAGAUCCCGGAUGACCAGUUCCCUGAGAAAAACUCGAUUCUGUUGGGAUGUCAGCAGAAACCGGCUAGUGGGUUGUCAGGUGGCAAGGCCGCUGCCGGGGCCGGUGCCGGAGGCGGCCAUGAGUGUAAUGUGGAUGAAACUAUUGAAGGUGGGGGACCGGAGAGUCCCUCGUCUUCUUCAACGGGAGGGUCGAACAUACUGCGUUUCCUCGCCAGCGCCGGUGCCGCAGUCUCCACUUUAUCGGCUUAG